AUGCCCACCUGGCUCGUUCACGGUUUUAGAUGGCCGCGCGCACAGAUUCGCAUCCACAUCAUUCUGCAAAAUCUCGAUGAUGCAGCUCCGGAAUGGCUCAUGGCCCCUGCCACAACAGCUUGUAUGAUGCAGAACUUCAAAGAACAAUGGCCAGAACAGUUAGCUCAGCUGCCUGAUCUACGCUUCAUUGAGCAAUAUGAUCCUGACGAUCUUACCGUCAAAGAUCAGCCGUACGCAUAUGUAUGCGAUAUCGUACACGAGAUCAAGCUCAGCGCAGACGUGGAAGAAAUGCGGGGAGCUGGGCUGGGAGACGAUCAGAGCGCAGCCAUUGCCGAACUGAGGGACAAGGUAGCACCAGGGGAGAAACUUGGCUGGUUUGUAGUAGUCAAUGGCGAUGUCGAGAGAUGGGCCCCGCCGCUGGAGGAUGACGACAUAACCCCAGAAGCCAGUCACGUCAGUCCGUCAAGUCACAGAAGUAGCAUGGCACAGUCGGAUACGACACGCACCAAAGAGCAGGAGCGGCCGUCCUCGAGUCGGAGUUUCAAGAAAUGGUUUGGAGGGAAAUUGAGGAAAACGAAGAGUGGAAGAAACCUGAGGGGUGACUGCACAGUAGAGGACCCAGUCCCACCAUUACCCCCAAUGUCUCCCCGUUACGCCCUCCAGUCUUCACAGGGAAAGGCACCGGCACAGACUAAGUUGGCGUCGUGA